UAAAAAAAACCUCACCAGGCACAUCUAGCCAAGUUCCCAACCAUUACACCAAACUCACACAACUCUUCUCUCUCUAAAUUAACAUCUCUUUCUCUCCUCCAUAACCAUUAAUUAAUAAGCUUCAUAACCCAGAAAAAGAAAAUCAAAACAAAACCAAACCAAACCAAACCAAACCACAAAAAUGGAUAUUAAUAAUCACCCCAAGAAGAUCCAGUACUACUCUUUGGGUUCUAAUAUUGCACUCAUUUUCCUCUUCUUAACCGGUACAACUAUUCUUAGUCUCUCCCUUUGGUCACCUUCUUACACAUCUUACUUUCCCUUCCAAAGAGAGCCCUCCAAAGUACUCCAAUGUCAGCCUUCAAACUCAACGACAGAGAUUGAAACGACCCCAAAAGUUUAUGAUGAUGAGCUCGAAUUGGCUUUGGCCAAAGCCUCCGUGGGAAAUAACAAGACAGUUAUCAUAGCUGUGAUCAACAGGGCUUACGCCGAGCAAGAUGUGAAAGGUGAUACUACAAUGCUUGAUAUUUUCUUAGACAGUUUUUGGUUAGGGGAAGAGACCAGUAAGCUACGUGAUAAUCUUCUGGUGGUGGCCGUUGAUCAGACGGCCUACGAUCGUUGCCAGUUCUUGAGUCUGAAUUGCUUUAGAUUGGAAACGGACGGUGUGGAUUUCAGGGGUGAGAAGCUUUUUAUGUCUCAAGAGUUCAUUAAGAUGAUGUGGAGACGAACUUUGUUCCUCUUGGAUGUUCUUAAACGUGGUUACAGCUUCGUCUUUACGGACAUGGACGUGGUGUGGCUUAGAAACCCAUUCGAAAGACUAAGCAAAAACGAAACCGAAGAUUUACAAAUUAGCACAGACAUGUUCUUUGGAGAUCCAUGGAACAAGAACCAUUUAAUCAACACAGGAUUCUACUACAUAAGAUCAAACAACAAAACCAUAGCUUUGUUUGACAAAUGGUACUCCUUGAAAGACAACUCAACGGGCCUGAAAGAGCAAGAUGUCUUAUUGGGCCUGAUCCAUGGUAACAUCAUUGAGCAAUUGGGCCUCAAAGUAAGGUUCUUGGACACCAAACACUUUAGUGGGUUUUGCCAAGAUAGUAAAGACUUUAGGGAAGUCACCACCGUCCAUGCCAAUUGUUGUCGAAGUAUCACUGCUAAGGUCACUGAUCUAAGGGCUGUCCUUAGAGAUUGGAAGAGGUACAAGAAGGUUAUGUCCUAUAAAAGAUUUGCCAAUGUUAAUGCCACUCAGAAUUUCCAUUGGACUGGCCACUGGGGGUGUUGGAAUUCUUGGAAAGUUGGUAAUAAGACUCGAGUGAUUAAGAAACAAAAUUAAUUAAAGAGAGAAUUAAGAUUGGAUAUAGGUUUUAGAUUUCAUUUCAUAUAUAAUAAUAUAUUUAUAUACAUAUAUUUUAUUGGUUGAAAAGUGUCAAAAUCCAAGACUGAAAUGUGUUUAUUAUUGUAACUUAUUGGCUAGUGUAUGAUUCGUUCAUUACUUGUAAACUUUAUGCACA